UCUUUAAAUUAAACCCCAAUUUUUCUCCCCCUUUCUUCUCCGUCAAACAAAUCCCUCCUCCUUCCGCCAUGGUUUCCGGCGACAAUGAACAGAGCCUCGUCCACAACUUCCUCGUCUCUUCCGUCGGCCCUGGCUACUCGAUUGGAUCCGACAACGCCUAUCACUUAUCCGGCCUCGAUUUGGCGAUGAAGCUCCAUUACAUCCACGGAAUCUACUUCUUCGAUUCCGAGGCCAGCCGGUCGCUGACGGUACCGCAGAUUAAGUCGGCGACGUUCUCUCUGUUUAACGAGUACUACAUCACCUGCGGCCGUCUCCGUCUGGCGGAUUCCGGCCGGCCGUUCAUAAAGUGUAAUGACUGCGGCGCUAGGUUUAUUGAAGCGGAGUGCCGUAUGACGGUGGCGGAAUGGCUAGAAACGACCGGAAACGAUUGUUCGUCUCUGAAAUUGCUGGUUCCGCAGAAGAAUAUCGGACCGGAAUUGCAGUUUUCGCCGCUCAUUUAUAUGCAGGUGACGAGGUUCAAGUGUAAAGGCUUCUCAAUUGGGCUGAGCUGGUCCCACAUCCUUAGCGACGCCUUCUCCGCCGCCGUUUUCAUGAACGCUCUCACCGACCUCCUCUUCGGCGGCGCCCCCUCCGCCGUCACUCCACCUCCGCCACUCGCCGUCGACACGAUUACGAAAAUUUCUUCGCCGAAACCUCCACUCUCCGCUGCCGCCAAGCCUCCACUUUCCAUCCGACGAGUCGACCCAGUCGGCGAAAAUUGGAUUCCGACCAACAACUGCAAAAUGGAAUCAUUUUCCUUCGAAUUAAACGCGACCCAGUUGGCUAAAUUACAGACCCAGAUGCCUCACCUAACCCCACCUUUCGAAUCUAUCUCCGCCGUCCUUUGGCAGUCCAUAGCCAAGCUCCGGCGAGGCUCCGAACCCACGACGGUGACUCUCUGUAAACUCAACGCUAUUAAACCAAAGGGGAAGAUAACUGGGAACGCCCAAAAGAUCAGCACGGUCAAAUUCACCGCCGCCGCAAUCUCCGCCGCUGAUCGGAGGGAGCUGGCUGAGCUUCUGGUGGAUAAUGCAGGGGAGGAAGAAAAUAAGCUAAUUGAAGAGGCUGUGGAAAGGGAUGAUGGAGUGAGUGAUUUCAUUGUUUAUGGAGCGAAUUUGACAUUCGUGAAAUGGGAUGAAGCUGAUUUGUAUGGAGAUGGGAUGGAAUUGAAUUCUGAGAGGCCCAAAUAUGUGUACUACACCUUGCACGGCGUUGGCGACAGUGGCGCGGUGGUGGUGGUUCCCGGGUCGGGCGACAAUAGCGGCGGCAAAGGGAGGUUGGUGACUGUAAUUCUGCCGGAGAAUGAAGUGGUGGAGCUGAAGGCUGAGUUGAUGGCCAAUGGAAUGGUGGUAUAGAAACUUAAGGUCUUUAUAUGUCAAAAAGAUAAGAAAAGGUCACCACCAUUAUAAUAGUGGUGCUUCUUUCACGUAUGUUUGUGUACAAGUUAUGAGUGUUGACUUUAUGAAUUGGGGUAUUUUUAAGGGCUUGGAAA